AUGGGCAACCUGCCCAUGGACCGGAUGCUGACCAGGUUCGGGGUGGAGGCGAUGCUGAACAGCGGCCUGCUCUUGCUCGCAGUGGCCUCGGUGGGCUUCGGCCUCUCCGACUCCGUGGCAGGCUGGAUGUUCUGGCGGUCCCUGCAGGGCCUGGCCACCGCUCCCAUCUACACCUCCAUCAGCACGCGCCUGGCGCGAAGCUUCACGGGCGAAGGGGAGUUCAACCGAGUGGUGGGGCUGCAGGAGGUGUGUGGCAACGUGGGGGUCACCAUCGGCCCUUUUCUGGGCGGAACGCUGUUCCAGCACGGAGGCUUCUUUCUGCCUUUCGCGGUGAGCGCAGUUCUGCAUGUGAUCUUCCUACUGGUCACGCUUUGGCAGGACACGAGGCGGUCCCAGGCCCGGCCUCUGGUAGAAGGUGAGGAGGCAGAGGACUUGCAGGAUGAUCCCUCUGUCACGGUGGGCCGGGUGAGCAGCUGCCGGGUGCUGCUGCUGGGCGGCAUCUCGGGGCUGUGCCUCGGAGUCUGGGGCGGCUACGAGCCCAUCCUCGGCGACUAUUUCCACCGUGUCCUGGGCCCCAUUAGCCAGACGCUCACUGGCUUCCUCAUGUCGCUGUCGGCGGUGCCCUCGACCUUCGUCACCAUGGCGGUGCCGUUCAUCGCGGAGAGGCUGGGACCCCAGGUGCCCAUCACCGCAGGGCUUUUGAUCUAUGGCACGGGCUGCGCGCUGCUGGGCAGCGCGUCCGUGCUGCCGCCCUGGCCGGCGGUGAUCAGCGGCUUGCUGCUGGUAGGCUCGGGCUGGGCGCUGUGCUGGACUCCGGUGCUGCCCACCAUGGUGGAGACGGCCGCAGCGCGGCUCCGCCAGUCCAGCGGCACUUCAAUCGAGGUGGCGCGACACCAAGUAUCGCCCCCUGUGAGCUCGCUCUUCAACGCGGCGGCGGCGCUGGGGGAGGCCUUGGGCCCCACGCUGGGCACCGCGCUGCUGGCCGGCGCGGGCUUUCAGGAGGGUAGCUUGUUCCUGGCCAUCUUCCUCACGAUUUAUGCCGCGGCCACCCACGCCACCCACCGCCUCCUGGCGCCGGAUGGGACGGGCGGGCUGCCAGCUCCUGGGCCUUUUGUUAUUGAGCCCACAAGUGGAAAGAGGGCAGCGCCUCCUCAAUUUUGUGACACCCCCUUCUCGUCCUCCUAA